ACUGUCAAAUGUCAGAGAAAGUAAAAUUCUUUGUGAAGGGGUAGGACAUUCCAUAUUUUAAUCAAUUAAAUAAAGUAAUUAUUUCUCUUAGUGAAAUAUAAGUCGACAAUAUGGAUGACGACUUACCGACCGACUUCCAGGUCAUCGUGGUUGGGACAGGUAUGGUGGAGUCCAUUGUGGCUGCAGCAUGCAGUAGAAUACACAAGAAUGUCCUCCACCUGGACUCCAGUGACCAUUAUGGCGGGCUCUGGGCCUCUUACAACUUUGACGGCCUGCAGAAGUUCAUAAAGGAAGUCAACUCUGAUCCAGAAAAACAAGUUCAAGUUUACAACUUGAGGGAGCAGUGGUACAUUGAAAAGGAGUCUCCACCUGAAGAAGAAAAAGGAGAAGGUGAAGCAAAAGAAGAUGGUAAAACAGAACCACCAAAGAAGAUUUGGAGUCAAGCUAGCUUCGCCGCAGAGUACAGGAAGUUCAACAUUGAUAUGACCCCAAAGUUGCUGUUCUCCCGCGGUCCGCUGGUGGAACUUCUUAUAUCCUCUAACAUCGCACGCUAUGCGGAGUUCCGCUGCGUGACGCGCGUGCUGACUUGGCUGGAUGACCACCUGGUGCCAGUACCCUGCUCCCGAGCUGAUGUUUUCGCCACAGAGGCGGUCGGCAUCGUCGAGAAACGCAUGCUCAUGAAGAUGCUCACUUCCAUUGUCGCUUACAAUGAGGAAGAAAUGAAUAACGAGUUCAAAGAUUGGAACGACAAGACUUUCAAGGAGUACCUAACUCACAAGGGUCUGACGCCAAACCUCAUCCAUUACGUGUUGUUUGCGAUCGCUGGUGGCACUGACGCUAUGCCUUGCCUCGAGGGAGUGAGGGAGUGCAAGAAGUUCCUCAUGAGCCUUGGUCGCUAUGGAAACACGCCCUUCCUCUGGCCCAUGUACGGCAGCGGGGAGUUGCCGCAGUGCUUCUGUAGAUUGUGCGCGGUAUUCGGCGGCGUGUACUGCCUCAACCGGCCCAUAGACUCCGUGGAGACGAAGACCGUGGAGGAGGGCAAGACCAAGGUCGUCAUCGAGAGCAAGUCCAAGACCCUCAAUUGCGAACAUCUCGUCAUUGGGAUCAAUGAGUGCCCCAAGGACCUGGUAUCCCCGGAGCCGGCGGAGACGUGUGACAUAUCGAAGGCGGUGUUCAUCACCAACGGUACCAUAAUGAAGAGCGAGAAGGAGCCGCUGACGCUGCUGCGGUUCCCGCCGCUAGUGGAGGGCGGAGGCGCCGUCACCGUGCUCGAGGUCGGCCCCGCCACAGGAUCCUGCCCUAAGGGACUGUUCGUGGUGUACUUCAUAACUAAGAAGGUGACGGACGCCGAGACCGACUUGAGGCCCUACGCCGACAAGAUAUUCGACUUGUCCGGCGGAGAUCAGACUGAGGAGACUGACAAACCAAAGUGCUUGUGGUCGUUGUUCUACAACGUGAAGGACACAAGCGGUGCAGCGAGCAGUGCUGCUGCCGGCGUACACGUCUGCUCAGGACCAGACGCUGGGCUUGACUUUGACCGCGCCGUUGAACAGGCGGAACAGAUCUUUAAAAAGAUCUGCCCUGGUGAGGAAUUCCUGCCUCGUGCGCCUGAUCCCGAGGAGAUUGUAUUCGAGGAUGACGUCACGCAUGGCCCAGAGUUCCAGCGCGAGGAUGAAGACGCCGAAGGCGACGCCAAGGAGUAGUUGCAGUACCCUUAUGUUUACCUCAGCAAAUUACAGCGUGUUACUAUGCUUAUCUGGCUCUUACAUUAUAUACGCGUCUAUUGUAUGUACUGAAGCCUUUAUGUGAUUAAAAAAAAACAUUUCGGAUGUAU